UGCCAUAGACCAGAGGCAAUAUGAAAGUUCACGUCUACCGGGAAGAAGGAAGCUUGUGUCAGGCCUACCUGGUUUUAUAGAACAAUUCUGAGAGCAUGCCUCUUACGUAUGAGGCAACCCAGCGCCUCUCCAGGACUGGGAAAAGCCUCUAUGCAGUGCUGGAACUGAAGAAGGGUGCUGAAACUGCAGACAUCAAAAAAGCCUACAGCCCUCCCCACUGUCCUUUUGACCAUUGUCUGGAUAGGAAACUGGCCUUGCAAUACCAUCCAGACAAGAAUCCAGAUAACCCUUUAGCAGCAGAAAUCUUCAAAGAGAUCAACACAGCCCAUGCCAUACUCACCGACCCUACAAAAAAGAAGAUCUAUGACCGGCACGGCUCACUAGGAUUAUACCUGUAUGACCAUUUUGGCGAAGAAGGUGUCCGAUUCUAUUUUAUAGUGAACAGUUGUUGGUUCAAGACCCUUGUUAUCCUUUGUUGCUUGCUCACUGGUUGUUGUUGCUGCUGCUGCUGCUGUUUAUGCUGUGGUAGACUUAAUCCAUCAGCCGAGGAAGAAGAAGAGGAGAAUCGCCAAAUGAAUGUUUCUUCUCAGCCUUCAAGAUCAAGAACACAAGAUAUUGAAGCAGAGGAUUAAGACGUGACAAUAAUUAAGGAAACGUGAAGAGGAAUGGGGUGCUGGCCCAGCAAGAGUCCACGAAACUCAACCCACUGGAUACAUUGAAGAGGGAAGAAAGUAGCCCUGUCUCUACACUCACCCAGAUUUGACUCCUGUUCUUAAAAGAAAUCCCUGCUGCUUCAGAAGCUAUGAUGACACCCAUCCUCUAAGGACAUCUCUCUCCUCCACAGUGCACAGAGCCUGUCCCCAUAGAACCUUCCAGCUGCUUUUCUGUUUAGCUCUGACUCCAUUCCUGUCUUUAUCCACAUGCACUCUCAAGCCCUGUUAGCAGCUGUUUGCUGAAUGGGUACAGCUUUCUCCAGUGGGUCCCCGGGUCAAUGUCCAGUAGGCCCCUGACACUUACUAACAAGCUCACCAGGAUCCUGUUCACCAAACAAGGUGGCUCCCAUCCCAGGAGCUGUUGCACCAAUUAAUCCUCCUUCGUUGGAACACUGUGUACCAAGAACUUUUAGCACCCGCCUCAUUUCUUUGCAACACCUUUGGAAGACUGGUCUCACUAUCUUCUGGUACCUACACCACUGGCACCAACACCUCAUUCAUAAGACAGCUUGGGAAACUUGUGUUUGUGGCCACCCUUGGACUUCAGCUCCAUCCUUAAACCCAUGAUUAGCUGUGGUCCUGUGGGCAGGCUGCAGUCCAUGCUCCAAUCUUGCUGCCUCUGUCCCUCAUGUUACUUCACACAGAGUGAUCCCCUUAGAUCUUGUUCUUAACACAGACGUGAAAUGUGAUGGGACAGACUGUAUGAAGGAGACCUCAUUUAGCCUCUCGAAGCUGUUGGCUUAGCAUCCUCUCUGUAUCCUGCUUUAUCGUUUCUUUCUUACUAUGUGGGAUCAGGGCCCAGGAACCAUCAAACCUCUCUGUACUCACUGGGGAAAAGGCUAAGGAAUGUCAAUAAUAAAAAAAGAGCUUUGUCCAAUUCCAGUGUGUGUGGGACCCCCAAAAAGACAAGUGGUGUGUGGGAUAGAAAAAGAGACCAAUGAUAUCGCUCAUACCUGAGAUAAGGCUGGCAUGGUCCAUAGUGUCCAUCACCGUGGAGCUAGGAGUCAGCGGUCCCCAGAGCCCGUGGGGGUGGCCUUGUCAGUGCCCCGUGAUUUCUCCACACACCCAUUUGC